AUGAAUCAAAGGAGAAAGAAAAUGGCAGACGGACGCCGUUUUGUGGUAAAUGGCCAGGUGAUUGGAUAUAAGAAGGUAGAAAAAAACAACAAAUUAAGUACCUAUUUUGGAAAAUUUGGAAUUGUGAACAGCAACAUGGACUUAAAAAUGGAAAUAUCGACUCAGUUGAUCACAGUGUUUCAUGGAGAGGACAAGACGGUUUUCCCGUGGUCAGCAACUGCAUCUGUAACAAAACAGAGCUUCUCAAUCUCAAUUGUGAAAGAAAGGAAUCUCACACUGGUGAUGGGAGACGACGCAACAUUUGUCAUCGUGCUGCAUCGCGUCUGGAAAUAUUAUCCUCUACACCGGGACUUCCUGGGAUUUUAUACACUCGACAGCCACAGGCUCUCCAACAUGACCCAUGGAUUACUUGGCCAGUUUUACCAUGGAGUGAAUGCUGAGGUAUAUGACAUUCGCCCCAGCUUAGAUCAAGGCAAACCUCAUGCGACAAUGGAAGUGAAAGGUCACAAACUCAGGGUGACAAGGGGGUCUCAGAAAGAUCACAGACUCAAUCUGAAACAAGGUACCAAAGUUUCGUGCUGGUUUGUUCACAACAACGGGAAAGGAUUUAUUGACGGAAUUCCCACUGACUAUGUUGUUCCUUCGUUAUUUGAUUAUUUUUAUCCAAGUGGUGAGAUGGGAUGGUGAAAAUGUAUCCCUUGGCCAUCCCUUUCCUGGUUUUAUUGUUCAAUCACUACAUCUUAAACACGAUACAGCUGCACCCAUUUCCUCUCUUUCAUUCAUGGAUCCCUGCAGUCAUUUAUAAUGGACGUUGCACAUUGAGCUGAUCAGUAUCAAUCAUAACUUUCUGAACCUUCUGAAUUUGUAGUCAGCAGGGCAGUACUCUGCAAAUCGCCAAAUUGGAUGUGUUGUGCAUACCUUCGUGCUGUUAGUGCCCCCUUAAAACUGUCUCGUGAAGGUGAUUUGACUAUAUUGUUGUCUAGUUUAUUCCACUCCCUUCAGGUUCUUACAAAGUAUCCGUUCUUAUAAAUAUCUGUCCUUGUGAAUGGGGUUUCUAUUUGCAUAUCAUUUCUCUUUCUUGUUCUCCUUUCUGUUGAGUAUGUUAUGUAUCCAUCUGCAGUAAUGCCCAUGAUCCUCUUUUGAAUCAUGUACAACAUGGCUAGUCUGUUCCUUGCCCUUCUUGUUUCCAGCGUUUCCCACUCCAGGUCGGACAGCAUCUGGGUGACAUUGCUACCUCUAUUGUAGUUCCUGAUACAAAAGCAUGCUGCUUUCCUCUGUGCCCCUUCUAGUUUGUUGAUAUGACCAGUUUUGUAUGGGUCCCAGGCGCAUGAAGCGUAUUCCAGUAAGGGUCGAACCAAUGUUGUCUCUGCUGUGGUUUUCACUUCCUUUGGGCAGAACCAGAGGUUUCGUCAAAGGAAUCCUAGUGUCCGGUUGGUUUUAGUGACCGUAUUGUCCACGUGCUUCCCCCACGAAAGCUUGCUAUCAAGAUAAACGCCAAGGUAUGAUUGUGAACUUGUACGAUGAAGUAUUUGUCCACUGAGAUGUAGUCUCAAGUAGGUGGUUUCUUCUUGUUUGAGAUUAACAUCAUUGAGCAUUUGGUUAAGUUGAAGCUCAUCUUCCAUGUGUUUUGCCAUAAUUCUAAGGACUUAU